GCAUGCCUUGACAGAGUUUGCACAAUUGAUUGUCAUCAAAAUUAAAAAAAUGGCUUGCAUCAUUCCAAAGUUGCGUUAUCAUCUCGCUGUUUCGGGGAUAGUGAACAGGACUAAGCGCAAUUAUGCCAAUUACAGUAAGACGAUACCCAACUUGCUCAUCACCGAAGAAACGCGCGUAAUUGUUCAGGGCUUCACUGGCAAACAUGGAACCUACCAUUCUCAGACUGCCUUGGAAUAUGGGACACUCAUUUGUGGUGGUGUGUCGCCGAAGAAAGCAGGAGAAGAACACCUCGGUUUGCCAGUGUAUGGUUCGGUGAAAGAAGCAAUGGACGAUAACGAGGCACAAGCGAGUGUGAUAUUCGUCCCACCACCAGUAGCAAGUGCUGCUAUUGAAGAAGCGAUUGAAGCCGAGGUACCGCUGAUUGUUGCUAUCACCGAAGGCAUACCCCAACAUGAUAUGGUGCGAGUGAGACAGUGUCUAAUGUCGCAAGACAGGUGCAGAUUAUUGGGUCCAAAUUGUCCUGGCAUUAUUGCGCCCGGCAAGUGUAAAAUUGGCAUUAUGCCGAGUAAUAUUUUCAAGCAGGGCUGUAUUGCAAUUGUAUCCAGAUCGGGUACCUUGACAUAUGAGGCUGUGUAUCAGACCAGUUUAAGCGACCAAGGCCAAUCGAUUUGUAUCGGGAUCGGAGGUGAUCCUUUCAACGGCACAAGUUUCAUUGAUUGUCUCAAACUAGCAUUAAUGGACAAUAAUACUAAGGGUAUAAUUAUGAUUGGUGAAAUUGGUGGUAACGCAGAAGAGCAAGCCGCAGAAUAUCUCCGGGAAAAUAACACAGGCAUGGAAGCUAAACCUGUGGUUGCGUUUGUGGCCGGCAUGACAGCACCGCCAGGUCGGCGGAUGGGUCAUGCUGGUGCUAUAAUUUCUGGUGGGUCGGGUGGUGCACAGGGUAAAAUUAAAGCAUUGCGUGAGGCUGGCAUCCUAGUUGCGGAAUCACCGGCGAAAAUUGGAAAAUUAAUGUGUGAUGCGUUCGAAUUGCAUGAAGCCAAGCGUGAUUGGUGCAUGGGUGUGCCGGUCAGCGCCGAACUUUUAAGAAAGGGUUAUGAUUUAGGCAAAGAAGAGAAAAAGAAACCAUGCCCUUUAUAACCAGCAAUUAAAAUAUUGUAUUACCUUUUAUCCAACUGUCUUUCACGACCUUUCAAGCGGAAUAUAGUCGCCAUUCCAAAAUCA